ACGUUACCCCCUCUCUCUCUACAAUCAGACGAUGAACUCCUCGCUGGCAAGUACCACAUAAAGGAAAGAAAAAACCUCUCUAAAUUUCCCCUUUUACCCCUUCUCACACCUGCUUUCCCUUCUCUCUCUUAUCCCCUUCUCUCUUUCCCUCCUUCUCUUCCCUCCCACCAAGCCCUAGAUCUACUCUCCGAUUCCCCUUCCAAUCAUUCUCUGAUGUGAUCUCCCUCCCUUCUUUCUCUCUCUCUUUCCAUCCUUCCUUUUGAUUACUGAAACAACUAGUAGAUUAUAUGGGUUGCGCCGGCUCGAAGCUGGACGACUUGCCAGCGGUGGCGCUAUGCCAGAAACGCACCCAGUUCUUGGCAGACGCCAUCCGGCACCGCUACGUUUUGGCCGACGCUCACGCCUCUUACGCCCGCUCUCUCCGCUCCGUCGGCGUCUCUUUGCACCGUUUGCUCGAUGGCGCGGCCGCCCUCCCUCCUCCGUCCUCGCCGGUGCUCCCUCUCCCUACACAACGCAAGGGUGACCCUUUGCCCCCUUCUUCCUCUCCUCCUCCCCCUCCUGCUGCUGUUCAUCAUCAGCGUCACGGUCAUGGUCACUCCCAUUCUGGAUCUCACAUCAACUUCCACUCCGACUCGGAUUCCGAUUCCGACUCACCUCUCCACUCCCCCGGCUCGUCACCGCCUCACCAUCUCCACCGCGACGUCGAGCUUGAUUCUGAACAUGAGGUGGGCCCCACCACCUACACAAAUCUUAGCUACGCCCGCAACCACCCCACAGCCUCUUCCGUCUCCUACGAGCAACCACUACCACCACCGCCUCAGUCUCACUAUUCCGGAUAUUCAUAUCCCUAUCCUUAUCCUCCUCCCGACCAAAGCCCUCCUUCUUCUUCCUCUUAUCCUUCCUAUUCUUAUCCCUAUGCCUAUUCCAGCUAUGGCGGCUUCUUCGGCUCCUCUUCUCCGCCUCCCGUUGCGAUGACGCCGCCGCCGCCGCCGCAUGCGGCGUCAUCUUCUAAGGCCCCGCCACCGCCACCUCCGCCGCCGAGCUCAUCUUCUUGGGAUUUCUUGAAUGUUUUUGAGUCUUAUGACAACUACUACCCGACUUAUACCCCGAGCCGGAGCUCUAAGGAGGUGAGGGAGGAGGAGGGCAUCCCUGAUCUGGAGGAUGAGGAGCAUGAGGUUGUCAAGGAAGCUUAUAGUGAUCAUCAGAAGUUUGUGGGUACCAGUUCUCCUGCUAAGCCCCCGGCGGCUAAGGUUGAGGAGAUCGGUGGUCUUGCUGAGGAACCGCCUUACAAGCGAGGUCCUUCUGAGGUUGAGGAUGAGGAUGAGGCGCCGGUGGUGGAGAAGAAUGUGGUUGCUGAUGAGGUACUUCAGAGUGAUGAUCGGCGCAGUGCUGCGGCACCUUUGGCUAAUCUUAGGAAGUACCAUGGGAUUUCUGAUGUUGCUGGGGAGAUCAAGACUCAGUUUGAGAAGGCUUCUGAUACUGUUGAUGAGCUCUCGAAAAUGCUGGAGGUUGGCAAGCUUCUUUAUCAUCAGAAGAAUUCUGUGAUUCAUGUUUCAAAAAUGAUGUGUUUGAUGGGUCCAUCAACUUCACAAAAUGAUGAGUUGUUGGUUUACGAAGAAGAUAAGGCCAUGGGUUCGGGAAACCUCUCGUCCACUUUACAGAAACUGUACAUUUGGGAGAAGAAGCUCUAUGAGGAAGUCAUGACUGAGGAAAAGUUGCGGGUACUGCGUGAACGGAAAGUCAAGCGACUUAAACACCUGGACGAAAGGGGAGCAGAGGCCCAUAAAGUUGAUUCCACUCAAGUUGAGAUCAGAAAGUUAUCAACAAAGAUUCGAAUAGCAAUUCAGGUUGUUGAAUCCAUUUCAAAAAGAAUAAACAAGCUAAGGGAUGAAGAAUUAUGGCCACAAAUUAAUGAAUUGAUUCAAGGGUUUGUGAGAAUGUGGAAGGCUAUGCUAGAGUGCCAUAGGAUUCAGUGCCAUGCCAUAUCAGAAGUUAAAAGCCUAGAAUCUAUUGCAUCUGGUGGAAAGCUCAGUGAUGCUCUCAUGGAUUUAAUGUUGCAACUGGAAUUGGAGCUGUUGGAGUGGAUUGGAAAUUUCUCUGCUUGGGUGAUUGCGCAGAAGAACUAUGUUAAAGCCUUGAAUGGGUGGCUUAUACUAUGUCUUCAUUAUGAGCCUGAAGAGACAGCUGAUGGAAUUGCUCCUUUUUCUCCUGGAAGGUUAGGCGCACCCCCUGUGUUUGUUAUAUGCAAUUACUGGGCGCAAGCACUGGAUAGGAUUUCUGAGAGGGAAGUUGUUGAUGCAAUGAAUGCGUUUGCCAUGAAUGUGAAAUACUUAUGGGAACAGCAAAAUUUUGAGCAACGACAGAGGCUAGUGGCAGCUAAUGAUAUAGAUAGAUGGUCUAGAACAAGGGAUAGGGAAACUCAGACAAUUAACAGGGCUUUUGAUGCUCUAAACAAGAAAUUGGUCUUAGUUUCAGGCCAAGAUGGUGCUCCCGUCUAUGGGCAAAUUGUGAGCCAGGCCCACAAUAUGGAAAUCAAAGGCAUGCAAUUAGGCCUCAGACAAAUUUUUGAGACGAUGGAGAAUUUCACUGGAUGUACAGUGAAAGCUUAUGAGGAACUAAAUGCGCGCGCAGAAGAAGAGAGGAUAGCUAGGGAUAAUGCAAAACUUUCAUAAUCUUAUACAGGCUCAUUAUUACCAGUUAAGUGAAGGUCAUUGACAAGCAGGAAAGUAAACCUUCUGUGUUUGGAGGCACCAAGGGGCAUCCUCAAUGUUUGAUAAGGUCAAAACUGAUCCGUAAAGGUAGAGUUUUGAUGCUGUUGCGAUUUUCAUGGCAAGUGCAAUCAUCGCUUGCAAGGAACAAUGCUUGUGCAGAAGAUGAGAGUGGUGACCAUGUAAAGUUUCACAACCUUGUACAAUAUUACUGGAACUACAGUUGGUCUAACAUGGAGGUUUCAAUAUCCAAACUGUCACAGGUCAAAGGGAUGCCUGCUAAGUGGUAUUAAGCUCGAAAAUGAGUGGCAUUGAUCCUUUUGGAUUGGCGGUAGGCUGCAGGGAACAGAGUGUUGGGUUGAGUCCUUUCACAAACUUCUUUAAGGGUGAUUGAAUACCUAAUGCAUGCAAUUGAAUGGAGUCCACAUGAUGACUGAAAAUGCAGUUUUGGGGAGGUUAGUGGGUUUGCUACAGAAAUCAACCUCUAAGAUAAUGCAGAGAGCAAAUUAAGGUUAGUUUAUCAGCAUAGAGAUUGUAAUAGUCAUGAAAGUCAGCAUUAGCCUAACCAUGGUUUACAGAUGAGAUAAUCUCAAUUACAAGAAUGUCCUGGUCAAAUAAAGAAAAAAAUCAGACAUUCAGUAAUGAUAGAAGUGGAGUUUGGGGCUCUCAUUUCUGAUUUGAAAGGUACAAUCCUCUAUGCUUUCUGGUAGACAACCCAGCACUCGUACAAUGUCAAGCAUAUGAGGAGCCGGUAGAAGAAAAAAAUGUUGUUCAGUCAUGCAAAUUUGCCAGAGCAAUUCCGACAAACUUUGGCGGCAGCAGCCUUCAAGUUAGCAAGGUAAAUUGCACCAACUUACCGGCAAAAAUAAUUGUGAAUUUCAUUCAUCAUCAGCCUUUAAGUUGGCAGGGUAACUUCCAUUGGAUCAUCAUGACUUCUGUUGUAUUUAUUGUUGUACAGUCCAUUAAUAAUUAAAAUUUUCAGAAUUUUCAUGGC